AUGUCUGGCUCAACUACCCCCGACGCUCAAGAGACGAGCUACGUCAACAUGACUGAGGUCGACCGACUCCCCGACGUCAGCCUCGUCGGCAAGCACUGCCAGUACGACUACUGUAACCAGCUCGACUUCCUCCCAUUCUACUGCCAGUCAUGUAAGAAGACAUUCUGCCUCGAUCACCGAACCGAAUCCUCACACAAAUGCACCAAUGCCGGGGCCUGGGCCGAAAGGCGGCGGCAGGCGCAACUCCAGAAGCACAGCUUGGGCGAAGGCAAGCGAAUGAAAGACUUUGUAUCGGAGAAGCCAUGCGCGUCGCCACAGUGCAAGUCAGUCAUCGGCACAAGUCUUGUGCCUGGAGUUCACUGCUCGAACUGCAACCGGGACUAUUGCUUGAAGCACAGGUUAAAGGAGGACCACAACUGCAAGAAUCUUGUACCAAUCGGCGCGCGGCCAACACAGUUCGAUGCGACGGAGAAGGCCCGGUCGGCUCUCGACAAGCUGAAGGCAUGGGGUGCUGCCAAGAAGGAACAAGCCGGGCGUGCACUUCCAAAAGCGAAGCCCACAUCGACUGCUGCAAGACUGGUCGCCGUUAACAAUCUCAAAAAGACGGCCAAGGGCGAUGAGAAGCUUGCGCCAGAGAAGAGAGUAUAUUUAUACGUGGAGGCGGAAGCAGAGACAACAGUGGCCAAAAUUCCAAAGGGGCAGUUCUACUACUCUAAGGAUUGGGUGAUUGGCCGUGUGUUGGACGCUGCGGCCAAGAGCUUGCAGGUCCAGAAUGUUAACAACCAGUCUGCGAACGAGAAGGACAAGUUACGUGUGUUUCACGUUGAAGGUGGACGAGUACUAGAGUUCAACGAGAAGGUGGGCUCAGCUUUGGUCAGCGGCAAUACCGUUGUAUUGCUCAGGGGUAUUGGACCUGCAGUUCCGGAUCUAAUAGAGGCUUGA